CCGCAAGACAUGGAGCCCUCCGCUGCCCCCCUGGACGCCACUCCGGACCCCGCCAUCGUGCAGCCCCCCGGGGCCAGCCCGCCGGUGCCCCCUCGGGAGCAGCAGCAGGAGCAGCUGCGGAUCGGGGAGAGCGGGCAGUUCAGCGAGGGGCUGGAGGACAGAGGUUUGCUAGAAAGCAGUACAAGGCUAAAACCUCAUGAAGCUCAAAGCUACAGAAAGAAGGCAUUGUGGGUUUCCUGGGUCUCCAUUAUUGUCACACUGGCGCUUGCAGUGGCUGCUUUCACUGUCUCCGUAAUGAGAUACAGUGCAUCAUCAUUUGGAUUUGCUUUUGAUGCUACCCUGGAUGUUUUGUCAUCAGCGAUAGUUUUGUGGCGUUACAGCAACGCAGCUGCUGUGCAUUCUGCACACAGGGAGUAUAUAGCUUGUGUUAUCUUGGGUGUCAUAUUCCUCCUGUCAUCUAUAUGUAUUGUGAUCAAAGCGAUCCAUGAUCUUGCGAAGAAGGAGUUUCCAGAAGUGGACGAUUUUCUGUAUAGUGUCUCUGUUUUAAGUGGAAUCCUUUGCACCGUCUUGGCAGUAAUCAAAUUUAUGCUGGGAAAGGUCCUCACAAGCAGAGCGCUGAUAACCGAUGGUUUCAACUCUCUUGUAGGUGGAAUAAUGGGAUUUUCCAUCCUCCUUAGCGCAGAAGUUUUUAAACACAACUCUUCUGUCUGGUAUCUGGAUGGCAGUAUAGGAGUUUUAAUUGGACUUACAAUAUUUGCCUAUGGAGUCAAGUUGCUUAUCGAUAUGGUACCCCGCGUAAGGCAAACGCGCCACUAUGAAAUGUUUGAGUGAAGAUCACACCUUCUCCUCUGUAAGGACUGUAAAACUACAGCAUCGUACAUUUUGGCAAGUGGUGCCAACGGUAUUUUACUAAAUAUGCAGUUUGUUUCCCGUGGUCUGGUUUUGUUGACGUUUGUUUUAAUGGGAAAUCUCUCUGUAAAACUGGCAUAUGUGCACACUGCUUGCAAUUCAGCGAAACAGCAGCAUUUUUUUUCAAGUACGCUAUUGAUUCCUGUGACAAUAGAAAACAUGCAGUUUGCAGUUUUAACCCAGCUGCCAUGUUGUAUAUUCCAGAGUGAAAGUGUUCUUAAUGGUGUGAUAAGCCUGUGGGUAAAGAAGUGCCAGUUUCAGAUCUUGGUUUUUUCCUCCUCUGGCCUGUAUUUUCCCAAACACAUGCUGUACCAGGAGUACAAUCCUCGCUAACCUCUUCGGCUAACAGAGUAUCCUAUGUAGAGUCCUGACACCAAGAGCUGUGUUGCUUAAAACACUUAAGUAGCUACUUCCUCCCCUUCCAUUCAAAUAGACGCACAGAAAGAGCGGGUACAAACCUUUCUGUGAUCAGAGAGAUAAUUCAUUUUAUCCUAAAUUAACAGAAACUAUACCUCUUCAAUUUAAAUUCUAUUUUUCUUAACGAGACACUGUUCAUAGCUUUGCAUGGACCAAACAAGCACACACAGUAUUACUGUACAGACCAAAGGCAAAAAGUCGUGCAAGGAAGAGGAGCUGCUUGGGGAAUGGGAUUUUCAUCUUCUGUUGUACUUUACACAGAGGUACCAGCGUGCGUGACUUUGUGGUUGCUCUGUAGUCUGACGAUGGCACAGCAGUGGCUCAAUCUGGUGGCGAGGUACAGAUCUAUUUAUUAGAUUUAGAUUGUCCUGUAAAGUGUUGCUCACCUUCCAUCACGCAUCUUCUAUAUUACUUAAUAGCAGGUUAAAUUAUCAAAGAGUCUUGAUGUAUAAUCAAUAAAACUGGUAUCUAUUUUAUACAGUAUCUGUAAGUAACAUUUGAAAACUUAUUUCCAGAAUGUAUCAUAGAACAAAGUCUUCCUGUAUAGCAGCCUAUUAAACUGGAUUCUCUGGCUAUA